GACCUGUGAUCUUUCCGGACUACCUUUCAGCCAUUGGAUGUCUUCUGUGGGGUUUCUUCUACACGUAUCCAUCUCCAUCGCCAGGCGUUCUUCCAAGCAGCCGGGAGAAUCUCCUGUUGUCGAUUUCAGUCCCAGGGGAAACAAUCUCCGCAGAAUCAUAACUAUGGCGAUCAAUUCACAACAGCCGCCAACAAGGUGUGCGGUGGUUACCGGAGCAAACAAGGGUAUCGGGCUGGAGACGGUCCGGCAGCUUGCAAAAACAGGCGUGGCGGUUGUAUUGACUGCCAGAGAUGAGCAGAGGGGGAUGGAAGCCAUAAAAUCGCUGCACCAAUCGGGGCUAUCGAAUGUGCUUUUCCAUCAGCUAGACGUUCGCGAUGCGGGGAGCAUAGAAGCUCUGGCCAAGUUCGUAUCGGAGGAGUUCGAGCGUCUCGACAUUUUGGUAAACAAUGCUGGCGCCUCCGGGGUUGAAGUCGAUGGAGAUGCACUGAGGGCUCUAAACAUUGAUCCUGCAGAAUGGCUAGCAGGCAAAGCCGUAAACUUGGUUCAGGAUGUUAUGAUCACUACCUAUAAGACGGCAAAAGAGUGCCUUGACACCAACUACUACGGCGUCAAGAAUGUAACAGAGGCCCUUCUUCCUUUGCUGCAGCGCUCCCUCACCGGAGCCCGGAUUGUGAAUGUCUCUUCCCUAAGAAGUGAACUAAACCGCAUCCCUAACGAGCAGGUAAGGGAAGAGCUCAGCAGCGUAGAGACUCUGACCGAAGAGAAAAUCGACAGGAUAGUGCAAAAAUUUCUGCACGAUGUGAAGUGCAAAGCAAUCGAAGCCAACGGAUGGCAGAAGAUGCUCCCGGCCUACAGCAUAUCAAAGGCCACCCUCAACGCCUACACUAGAGUUCUUGCCAAGAAGUACCUGAAUAUGCUUGUAAAUUGCGUCCACCCGGGAUAUGUUAAAACAGAUAUUAAUUGGAACACCGGAGUUCUGACAGUCGAAGAAGGAGCUGCAGGCUCGGUGAUGCUUGCCCUGCUCCCCGAUGGAGGCCCUACCGGCUGCUAUUUUGAUCGCAUGCAUGUGGCCGAGUUCUGAUUCGUAAUUCCUCAAAGUCGAAUCGAGUCUUGUCGUUUCGUUGUUGCCAUGGCGAUUCCCAAAUUGACGGCCAUUGCGUACCUUCUGACCGCCGCGGCGGUAUUCCUGGCGGCGAUUCCGCGGCAAUCGGCGGCGGAACCAGCUGUGGCUUCGGCGCCGUCGCCGGGGAUCGACUGUUUCCC